GGUCGGGUUGUCUUCCGGGUUUCUACACAGACAAUAGCCGGUGUGUUAAACAGCCGUGCGUUUGUAUCUCAUCUCCCAUCGGUUCGCCAUGUAUUUUCGGCUGUUCCCCAGCAACACCGACCCGGUGUACACCUACACCUGUCUCGGCGCCUUCCUGGGGAGUCUGGGCAUCUACGAAGUCUUCAGUCCGUGGAUAUCCCGGCGCCUGACGUCAUGUUACGAACGUCUUCCCAGAGCGCAGCAGGUUGAAUGGAAUAACAAGAUAACAGCUACUAUCAACGACGUCCUCUGCACUGUGUUCACGAUGUACGCGUUGUUCUUUGACGACAAGCUACGAUAUGACGACUUGAGAAGUGACUCCCACUGGUGCAAGCUGGCAGGUGCCAUCAUCCUGGGCUACUUUACUGCAGAUAUACUUGAGAUGUUUUGCAGACCAAAGAUCAAGUGGGACACGGCCAUGUUUCUACAUCACCUGGCUGCGGCAGUCAUGGCUUACGUUUCAUUAUUCUGGUACAACUUUGCGCAGUUCUACGGCAACAUUAUGAUAAUGAUGGAAGCGUCAAGCCCCUUUCUGAAUAUAAGGAAUCUGUUGCUGUUGGCUGGCUGGUCCAAAUCCUCCCGUCCGUACACAUUCGUCAGUGCCUCAUUUGUCAUCACGUUCUUCAUCUUCAGAGUCGCGAUCAUACCGCCAUUUUGGGUCGCAGCGAUCGACCAGAUGAGAGUAAACCCAGACAUCCACGCUCCGGAGUUCAGGGUAGGCAGAGACGUGGGGAUUCUCACGGCCGUCGUACUCAACGUUCUAAACGUAUACUGGUUCACGUUGAUAUGGGCCAAGACUAAGAAAAAGUUGUUUCCUGUCAAACUCAAAGAAUAGCUUCGAAGAACAUGUUCCAGUAUUCAAUGACAUGUUGAAUGUUCUAAGCCAGCGUAUACGUAGCCUUUAGUUAUUAAUUAUGUAACAAUGUUUAGAGUUCAAAAAUGUAUUCAUCAAACUCAAAAAGCCAUUCUGUGGAAAGAAUGAUCGGUGUUUUUUAAAUCUUUUUGUAGUUUUGAUUUGUAUCUGUCCGAAACGCAAAAUACAUACAGUGCAACGUUUCGUACUAGGUCGGUCGGAGGAGCUCCUGUAGUUCUUACUAUUUAUGCCAGAGGUCGUUGCUGAACCGGCCGCUUUUAAUCAGCUAUGUACAUGCAACGGGCUUUACUGCUGUGACAGCCUUCGGUGCACAUCUGUGAAAACGAUCGUCAUCGCAGUAAUAGAAGUGUUUGAAAACUCUAUCAUCUCAGGGUUUCGAAUAUUUUGUUUCCGCUACGAUCAGUCCUUGUUAACCAACAUGGCCAUUGUUAAGAACUACCUAAGCAAUGUUGCGCACACAAAAACGCUGGGUUUCUCUGUUUACGGAUAUACAUGUUAUAUAUAUAAAUGUAUAUGAUACGGGAGUAUUGAAUAUUAGGUAGAUUUUUACUUCAAUUUCAUUCUAAGCUCGCUCACCAUUCAGGGUGCCAUACACUGCCAAAAAUGCUUUGUCUUGUUUAUCUUGUUUUGCUUCUUCACAGAAAAUUCAUCUUCCAGGAAGGAAAUUAUUCUCUCCCAAAGAAAUUUUAGAGAAAUGUGCUUGUCCAUGGGGCAAGCAAAUAUUGUUGUUGUUUUUUUGGCGACUAUUUAAUUUUUUUUUUCUAUUUCCUACAAUGCUUUUUCUUGUUUAUCUUCUUAAGCUUCCUCACAUAAAAUUUGUCCUCCAGGAAGAAAAAAUAAUCUUGUGUUUCUUAAGAGUUAAAUCUGGUUAUCAAAAAAGCAAGAUUUUCUAGAAUUUUUAUCUUGCAUCAUACGAAAAAAGAAGAAGAUUUUGCUCAAUUCUCUAAAAAAAACUUUGUAGUUUCUCGUUUUGCUUUAAUUUUAUUCUUUUCCUGCAAGAGUAUUUUUCUUCACAUCAGAAUUGUCCAUUGAAUAAGCAAAUACGGAAGACAAAUCAUUUUGGCAGUGUAUGCGCAAGGUCAGAGGUGAAGGCCCCUGAGGCAUAAACAACAACAACAAAAAACACCCGACAUUGUUAUGCAAAUCGAUCGACACAGUCGCGACAGGAACUGUGAAUAGGCCUACCCUUUGACCUUGCGCAUGGGCACUCUGAAUGGUGAACGCGCUUAUUACAGCCCCUUAUAAUAGCAAUAAAAUCGGCUGGUAAAUUCA